GCGCGAGGUUGAGCGGGGAGAGGCCGUCGAGGAGGCCGCGGCUUCUUCUGCCGUCGCGGAGCGAAAGAGGCGCCUCGAAGGGAAAGAGCCGAAAGAGGAGGAGCUGCCGUCGCCGCCGCCGCCAUGACUUGGUGGGCGCCGAAGGUCUUUCGUCUACUAGGGGCUUUCAAAGGCCAAAAACAGGUGACCAGAAGUUUUGGUAGUUCUGUUCAGACAGUAACUUUGAUCCCAGGAGAUGGCAUUGGACCAGAAAUAUCUGCUGCUGUUGUGGAGAUUUUUGCAGCUGCUAAAGCACCUGUUCAGUUUGAAGAGAGAAAUGUGACAGCAAUCCAAGGGCCAGGAGGCAAAUGGACAAUACCUCAAGAUGCCAAAGAAUCCAUGGACAAGAACAAAAUAGGACUGAAAGGCCCUUUGAAAACACCCAUAGCUGCUGGCCACCCGUCAAUGAACCUGCUGCUUCGUAAAACAUUUGACCUUUAUGCAAACGUCCGCCCUUGUGUUUCGAUUGAAGGCUACAAAACCCCUUACACAGAUGUCGACAUAGUCACAAUACGAGAGAACACAGAAGGGGAAUACAGCGGAAUCGAGCACGUGAUUGUUGAUGGUGUUGUACAGAGUAUCAAGCUCAUCACGGAAGAUGCCAGCAAACGCAUUGCUGAUUUUGCCUUUGAGUAUGCCAGAAACAAUCAAAGAAGCAAAGUUACAGCUGUGCACAAAGCAAACAUUAUGCGAAUGUCUGACGGGUUGUUCCUGAAAAAAUGCAGGGAAGCAGCAGAAAACUGUAAAGAUAUUAAGUUUAAUGAAAUGUAUCUCGACACUGUGUGUCUCAAUAUGGUGCAGGAUCCAUCUCAGUUUGAUGUCCUUGUAAUGCCAAACUUGUAUGGUGACAUCCUUAGUGAUUUGUGUGCAGGAUUGAUUGGUGGUCUUGGAGUAACACCAAGUGGAAACAUUGGUGCCAAUGGAGUUGCAAUCUUUGAAUCAGUUCAUGGAACAGCUCCAGAUAUUGCUGGAAAGGACUUGGCAAACCCAACAGCACUUCUGUUGAGUGCAGUGAUGAUGCUGCGACACAUGGGAAUGCAAGAAUAUGCCACGAAAAUAGAAGAUGCCUGUUUUGAUACCAUCAAAGAAGGAAAGGUCUUGACCAAAGAUUUGGGAGGUAACUCAAAGUGUUCAGAGUUCACAGCAGAGAUUUGUCGCAGAGUAAGGGCAAUGGAAUAAAGCAUCUCCAAUUGCCCCUGAUGGAAGCUGUUACUAAAACAUGUUAGCUGUCUGCAAUUCAUAUCCAUUUUGUUUGCCUUUCUCUUGAGGAAAGCAAAGUGUUAGACGGGGAGCCUCUCUGUUAAAUAAAUUCAGCCCAAAUGGAUGCGAUUCUUCUUGUGCCUGCUUCUGGUGGACUUUUUCCAAGUGCUUAUUUUUAUUUAUUACAUGUCAGUCAAAUUCCUUUUUGCACACAAUUGGCAACCUUCCAUUUUGAGUCCUACUUUUUCAGAAACACUUGAUGUAUUUAAGUGUGCAGAUAUGCGAAAGUCUGAUUUUAUCACUACAAAUUUGAAGGAGGCUUGGUCUGUUAUCCAUUAGGAACGCAGGAGUUGGCAUAGCCUUAAAAUAGCACAAUAUAUUUUUCUAAAGCAAAAAACAAGAAAACUUGCUGUACAGAGGUACUCCUGGAACCUGUCCUUCAGAAGCAUAAAUAAAGACUUGUAACUGUGGAAACAUUA